AUGGCUCUAAAGCUGCUUUCAGAAAAGGCCAACUCACAAGCCCUCAAGGUGUUGCUGUGCUCUUAUUACGUUAAACGACCCGUAGAGGUGUCGCUAUCGGGAGCAUAUGCAACUCCUAUUUUGCACCAUCCAGCCUUCAAGCAGCCCAUCAUUGCACCUAACGAAAUGGCCCGCGUCAUUUUAUUUUACAGCGUUGAACCCACUAGUAAUAAUGGAGGGGCAGCAGAUUCAUCUAAUGGUGACGGUACCGCCUCUCCCGUUGCCGGUUUGACAAACCUGACAUUGGAGCACGAGACGUGGUUGGAGUGGGAGGCAACGACUUUUACCCGUGCUGUGCACCCGCUCUACACGCAACGACGGCAAACGGCGGAGUCUCUGGCUGUGUUUUCAUAUCUCGACAAAAAGAUUAGUGAAAAUGAUGACCGCUGUGUUUACUCUCCAGCUGUUGAAGGUAAAGGGGCUGCGGAUCCCACCGAUGCCGUCAGCACUUUUUUCAUUGACUGUAUUGUAUGGUGUGCUGUCCUUCCUGCUCUCUGCGAGAGCGGUGUGCUGCGGGACUCGGAGAAGCAACAGCUACCGCAUCUUGUGAAGUGGUUCAAUACAUUUCAAAAGGAACAGAAGACGUUGAUUGAUAACGCCUUCGAGAACCUCUCUGUGCAGGAAGCUGCCGACUUCUUGCGGUGCCCACGUGUGUACAAGGUGUCGGCUAAGGUGGAGAAAGUAUUCUUUGUCACAUCACCCAUUUACUACGUGAAUGCAGCACCACACAUUGGUCACGUGUACAGCACUUUGAUUACCGACGUCAUUGGGAGGUACCACCGCGUGAAGGGAGAGCGGGUGUUUGCAUUGACUGGCACCGAUGAACACGGGCAGAAGGUAGCCGAAGCUGCCAAGCAGAAACAGGUUUCUCCGUAUGAUUUUACGGCUGCUGUGGCUGGCGAGUUCAAGAAGUGUUUUGAACAGAUGGAUUACAGCAUCGACUACUUCAUUCGCACCACCAAUGAGCAACACAAGGCGGUGGUUAAGGAGCUAUGGACGAAGUUGGAGCAGAAAGGUGACAUCUAUCUCGGCCGUUAUGAAGGUUGGUAUUCAAUCAGUGAUGAGUCCUUCCUUACGCCACAGAACAUCACGGACGGAGUUGACAAGGAUGGCAAUCCAUGCAAAGUGAGCCUCGAAAGUGGGCACGUCGUAACGUGGGUCUCAGAAGAAAAUUAUAUGUUCCGCCUGAGCGCGUUCCGCGAGAGGCUUUUGGAAUGGUACCAUGCCAACCCCGGUUGCAUAGUGCCAGAGUUUCGCAGAAGGGAGGUAAUUCGCGCGGUGGAGAAGGGCUUGCCUGACCUGAGUGUCUCCCGCAAGAAGGAAACACUGCACAACUGGGCGAUACCCGUUCCAGGCAACCCAGACCACUGCGUUUAUGUCUGGCUCGACGCUCUGACGAAUUAUUUAACUGGUUCACGUCUUCGAGUAGAUGAAUCCGGGAAGGAGGUGAGCCUAGCGGAUGACUUUAGCGAGCUCGAGCGCUUCCCUGCUGAUGUUCACGUUAUUGGGAAAGACAUUUUGAAGUUCCACGCAAUUUACUGGCCUGCGUUCCUGCUCUCUGCUGGCCUUCCACUACCCAAGAAGAUUGUCGCACAUGGGUGGUGGACAAAGGAUCGCAAGAAGAUCAGCAAAUCCCUCGGGAACGUUUUCGAUCCGGUGGAGAAGGCAGAGGAGUUUGGUUACGAUGCGCUUAAGUACUUCCUGCUUCGGGAGUCGGGCUUCUCCGAUGAUGGUGACUACAGUGACAAGAACAUGAUUGCCCGCCUUAAUGGUGAGCUUGCUGAUACGCUCGGCAAUCUUGUCAUGCGGUGCACUUCUGCGAAGAUAAAUGUUAACGGCGAGUGGCCCAGUCCUGCGGCUUACACCGAGGAGGACGAGUCCCUCAUACAACUCAUUAAGGAUUUGCCUGGAACGGCGGAUCACUACUACCUGAUUCCCGACAUACAGAAAGCUAUCAUUGCCGUUUUCGACGUGCUACGUGCCAUCAACGCUUACGUCACCGACAUGGCGCCAUGGAAACUCGUCAAAACAGACCCGGAACGGCUCCGCACGGUGCUGUACAUUACCCUGGAGGGUGUACGCGUGACGACGCUGCUCCUUUCCCCAAUUCUUCCGCGGAAGUCCGUUGUUAUUUUUGACAUGUUGGGCGUCCCCGAGGUACAUCGUAAAGGUAUUGAGAACUUUGAGUUUGGUGCCGUUCCUCCUGGAACGCGUCUCGGCCCCGCAGUGGAGGGCGAGGUGCUGUUCAGCAAGCGCUCAACAGAGAAUACAAAGAGUACAUAA